AUGGGGGGCCAUGCAUCUGGCAACGAGGCUUACGAUGCCGCCCUGAAAAGACGUCAGGCAUUGAUGGGCGCCAGCGGUGCCAGGGCUCUUGUCAAGAACUGGAAAGUCGCCCGCAUCGCCGCCUUCGCCUGCAUUGGGGGUGUCUUAUACGGAUAUAAUCAAGGCAUGUUCUCCGGCAUUCUCGCCAUGCCAUCCUUCGAAAAGCAUAUGGAUGAAUACACAAAAAAUCCAACCCAGAAAGGUUGGCUGACGUCAAUUCUUGAGCUUGGCGCGUGGCUCGGCGCUAUCCUGUCUGGCUUCAUCGCCGAAGUCUGUUCCCGCAAAUACGGCGUUCUUAUCGCGACUGGCGUCUUUAUUCUUGGUGUCAUAGUACAAAUAACAUCCAUUUCCGGCGGCCAUGAAUCUAUCCUUGGUGGGAGAUUCAUCACGGGCAUAGGCGUUGGAAGUCUGUCUAUGAUCGUGCCGCUGUACAAUUCGGAAUGUGCACCGCCUGAGGUCCGAGGCGCCCUUGUAGCUUUACAGCAACUGGCCAUCACAUUCGGCAUCAUGAUCAGCUUCUGGAUUUCUGAUGCCGCUUGGCUCGUACCAAUCUGCCUGCAGCUAGGUCCCGCUGCCAUCCUCUUCAUUGGAAUGAUCUGGAUGCCGUUUUCCCCGCGAUGGCUCAUUCACCACGACCGAGAACAAGAAGCCAGAAAGACUCUCGCCGAUCUCCGAGACCUGCCUGAAGACCACGAGCUGAUCGAUUUAGAGUUUCUUGAGAUCAAGGCUCAGUCACUCUUUGAGAAGCGGAGCACGGCGGAGCACUUUCCUCAUCUCCGUGAUCAGACUGCUUGGAAUGUUUUCAAAUUGCAAUUUGUCGCCAUCAAGGCUCUCUUCCAGACUAAAGCCAUGUUCAAGCGGGUGAUCGUCGCGACGGUGACCAUGUUCUUCCAACAAUGGACAGGAAUCAACGCCGUGCUCUACUAUGCUCCUCAGAUCUUCAGCCAACUGGGUCUGAGUGCGACAACAACAAGUUUGCUUGCCACCGGUGUCGUCGGUGUGGUCAUGUUCAUUGCAACCAUCCCUGCUGUUCUAUGGAUUGACCGUGUCGGCCGAAAGCCUGUCCUCAGCAUUGGCGCCAUUGGCAUGGGAACUUGCCAUAUUAUCAUUGCUGUAAUCCUAGCAAAGAACAUUGACCGGUUUGAUCAACAACCAGCCGCCGGUUGGGCCGCGGUUUGUAUGGUUUGGCUAUUCGUGGUUCACUUUGGAUACUCAUGGGGCCCUUGUGCAUGGAUCAUCAUCGCUGAAGUUUGGCCUCUGAGCACCCGGCCAUAUGGCGUUUCUCUCGGAGCUUCCAGCAACUGGAUGAACAACUUUAUAGUCGGCCAGGUCACUCCAGACAUGUUGACAAGUAUCAACUAUGGCACAUAUAUCUUGUUUGGAUUAUUGACUUACCUCGGCGCUGCCUUCAUCUGGUUUGUCGUCCCAGAGACCAAGCGUCUGUCUUUGGAAGAAAUGGACCUGGUAUUUGGCUCUGAAGGCACUGCCGCUGCUGAUUUCGAGAGAAUGGAAGAGAUCAACAACGAAAUUGGCUUGACUGCAGUACUGAACCGUACAUCGCUUGGCGAAGGUUUCUCCAAGUCCCAUGACAUGGAGAAGACGGAGAUUGACGCUGCUUCCACUGAGCACCAUUGA